AAAAAAAAAAAAAAACUUACAUAUAGAUGUCUAAUUCUGUUUCUGCGUAUGUGCGCAACAAAUGAAAUUGGAGUUUGUUUCUUUUAGCGCGUUUUUUUCUCCUUCGCCCUGCUUUUUUUUUUUUUUUUUUUUAAAGGAAAUGUUUUCCAUCUCUGAACGGAUAACGGACCUCUAACGAGGACUUAUUUUCUCGGCACAUAUGUGGACCCCAUCCAGGAUGUUACAGUCUAAACGGCCCAGGGAUCAUUGGGCCACCGUACGCUGCAGCCACCACAUAACGCCACACAGCUGGGCUGCGUCCUGCUGCGUUUAGGAGUUUCCCGAGCUUCAGCCUCUUUAGGAGGAGGAAAAUAUUCACACACAAAAAUAAAAAAAGAAGAAGAAGAAGAAACGCCGACUUGUUUUGGUUGAACAUUGACAUUGGCUUUAGGAGUCUCACCUCUGGGCUACUAUGCAAUUACAACUGAUUUCCUUUGUUCUGAUCAUCUGGAACUGCAUGGAUUACUCUGGUUGUCAGCCGCACAGCAGCUCCAGGCACCGGCAGCACAAAGUGAUGACCGGUGGCAGCUCGGGGUGCCAGCAGAGUGGCUGCCUGACCUGCUCGGACUACAAUGGCUGUCUGUCCUGCAAGCCUCGUCUCUUCAUGCAUUUGGAGAGGAUCGGGAUGAAACAGAUCGGGGUGUGCAUGACUUCCUGUCCUCCGGGCUUUUACGGCACCCGUUCCCCUGAGAGAAACACUUGUACGAAGUGCAGGUCGGAGUGUGACUCGUGCUUUAACAAAAACUUCUGCACGCGCUGCCGAACGGGGUUCUACCUUUACCUGGGCAAGUGCCUGGACAGCUGCCCUGUAGGCAUGGUCCACAGUGACGCACAGAGGGAGUGCGUUCUCAGAUGCUCUGCGGAGUGUGAAUCGUGUGUGAACAGUGACACGUGCACCCGGUGCCGGCCUGGCCUUUAUCAGCUGAAUGGAAGGUGCCACCAUAUCUGUCCAGAUGACUAUGAGUCCAAUGACAAACUAAUGGAGUGCACACCACAAGUGCACUGCGAGGUGGGCGAGUGGAGUGAGUGGAGCCCCUGCUCACGGUCGGGCAGAACCUGCGGCUUCAGACGGGGCCAGGAGACCCGCACAAGGCAGGUCCUGCAGUAUCCAUCUCCAUUUGGCAAUCCCUGCCCAGAGAUCUCUGAGGUCAAAGAGUGUCUGGUCAAGAAAAAGAGAUGUCCAGGAACACGAAGGAAGUCCGACCGAAAAGAGAGGAGGAAUCGCAACAACCGCAAGGACAAGGAGAGCCAGGAGGGACGGAGGGAGAGGAAGCGGGAGCGGGAGCGGGACAGGGAUGCAGGCGAACGGGAAGACUCUGAUAACAGGAACAAAACAGAGAACCGACACCGGAGAGGCCAUGACUCACAGACAAUCUCUCCUGAAGACGGCCUCGUGCAAUAAAGCUGGGGACAGACGACGACCGUCCCCCCCCCCCCUCUGGUUGUCUCCUCUUCCCUCCCGCUCCAUGACAUCCCAACCUUUCCUUCCUCCUGCCCCCGCCCACUAUCUUUCCCCCUUUUGACCCCUCCUUACAGGGGUGAUGCUGCUACUUGUAUGGUUUCAACAGACCGUUUUUACAUCAGCGUUAAUCAUGGACUGUAAUAAGCCCUUUUGAUCUCAAAAACUGCAUCACCAUUCAAAGUGUCUGACGUGAAAGCUUUAUGGCGACACUGCUGUCUGUAAACUGGGAACACUGUGACUGCAGAGGACUGUCAGACAAACUGACUAAGAUGGAGACAUAUGUGUUUGUUCAUACGGUUAUUUAAUGGAGCUUUGGUACAAUGAUGUGUAUCUUGGUUCCAAAUGUAGAUUGAUUUUACAGCAUCACAGUGCUUUGCAAAAGUACUUGCAUCCAUUUAACUUUUUUGGGGGGUUUUUGCAUUUUAUCGCUUUACAACCGUAAAUUUCAAUGUAUUUUACAGAGAUUUUAUGUACUAGAUCAACAUAAAGUGGUGCAAAUUGUGAAAUGAAAAGAAAAUCUAUAAUUUUAUCUUUUUUCUACAAAUAAACUUUUGAAUAGAGCCACUUGCAUUAAUCUAAUAUGUGACAUCAGUCACACAUAUCAGACAUCAGUCACAUAUUAGUGACUGAUGCGACACAUCAGUCUCCAAUUGUUGCUUUGUCCAUAAGCAACAAUACAUUGUCACAAGAUAUUGUCCAAAGCAAUGUAUUGUUUUCCGAUAUGACCUGAUUUGUAAAUAAACUCAAGAUUUUCAUAACUUAAUCUGAUUAUAACACAGGAAUAGGUUAUAAUAAAGUUUUUUGGAGAACAUUAGUGAACAAAGAGCAUCAGGAAGAUCAAGGGGCACAGGACAAAGGUCGGUAAUAAAGUUAUAGAGGCUUUUAAAGUAGCGUUAGGUUACAAAACAGUGAACCAAGCUUUCAAAAUCAUGUGAUACACUGUUUUUAUUUUGUCGUCAUAAAAUUAGCAAAGUAUAGCACCACUGCAAUUCCACCAAGAUAUGGGUGUCUAUGCUAACUGACAGGCCAGAAAAGGAGAAUAUAAAUCCGAGAUGCAGUCAAGAGGAGCAAGGUAACUCCAAAAAUCUAUCUUAAUGGAUGAGUGUCAAGAAGAAAACAAUUGUUGAAACAAAGCAGUAUUAGGUACAGAACACAUCAGUGGUAAAAGGUGCUUUGGUUGGAUGUGACCAAAGUGAAACGUUUUUAGCAUGUUACCUUUCACUUCACAACUAUUCACCACUUUUUGGGCUAUCCCUUAAAAUCCAAAUGAGAUAUCUGGACGUUUGUGCUUGUGACUCGGCAAAAUGUAAAAGAAAAAAAAAAGUUCAAAGAGCGUGAAUACUUCUGCAAGACACUGUGUGUAGAACAGUUUAUUAUUAUUGUUGUACUUGUUGUGUAGAUCUAUCUGGUGCAAAUUUUGUAAAGAACAAAAAAUAUGAGUAUUAGCUCUUGCCAGCUUCAUACUGACACAAGUAGGGAAAGCAGAGUGCCGUGUCCGAAACUGAAAUAUGUACAUCUGGGAUGAAAACAAAGCUUAUCCAAAGAAGUGCUAAAUCUUCCAGAGCACUAUUUUUUUUCUCCUCUCCUUUUGUGUAAAUAGAUUCUGUGCUCCAAAUAAAGCUCAUCAACCAGAACAAAAAAAAAACUGUAUGUAAAAUAAAGCUGUAAUGGUUUCUA